GGUGAAGCCUCACGCUCAGUUCAGCGUGAAGAUGAAGAUGAGGCUGGAGCUCCUUCUGGUCGUCACAGCGGUGAUCUGCGCUGCCGGCAAACCUCUGAGCAAGGCAGCGCAGAGAAACAAGCUGCUGCUCAUCUCCUUCGAUGGCUUCAGGUGGGACUACGACCAGGACGUGGACACGCCGCACCUGGACCAGCUGGUGGAGGACGGGGUCAAGGCUAAAUACAUCACCCCGCCAAUGCUGACCAUGACCUCCCCGUCCCACUUCACCACCAUCACCGGCAGGUGGGUGGAGGAUCAUGAAGUCGUCCACAACAUGAUGUUCAACACGACAACGAACCAAAAAGUUCCUCACAAAAAGACCAUGAAAACAUCGGAGUGGUGGGAUAACGGAGUGCUGCCGUUAUGGAUCACAGCUCAGAACCAGGGUCUGAAAACUGCCUCCUUCUACUACCCUGGAGGCGGGGUAAGCUACCACGGCCAGGCAGUAAACCGAGCGCUGGUGGAGGAGUCUGGUCACCCAGACGACAAUGAGACCGAGUGGCGUGACAACAUUGACAAGGUGAUGAGCUGGUUCUCUGAGGAGGACUUCGACCUGGUGACGCUGUACUACGGUGAGCCGGACAACGUGGGCCACGCCAAGGGGCCGGACCACCCAGACAGGAAGAAGAUCAUCCAGCAGAUCGACCGUACCAUCGGCUACCUGAGGGAGGCCAUCAGUCUCCAUCACCUCAACGACAGCCUGAACGUCAUCAUCACCUCCGACCAUGGCAUGACCACCGUCAAAAAGCGGCCACAGGUGGAUGAGAUCAUCCUCAACAAGUACCUGAAUUUAAUCAAGCUCGCUAGCUUUGAGAUCUUGGACUAUGGUGGGUUCGGCAUCCUGACGCCGCGUCCAGGGAAGGAGCAGGAGGUGUUUGACUCCCUGUCCAAAGCGCCCAAUCUGACGGUCUACAAGAAAAAUGAGAUGCCUGAGAGCUUCCAUCUCACCAAAAGUAAACGGCUGCCUCCCAUCGUGGUCGUCGCAGAUCUGGGAUUCAACCUGAACUCUAGAUUCAUCGUCUACGUCAACAAAGGUGACCACGGCUUCCACAGCGGAGAGAUGGACAUGAAGAUGAUCUUCAGGGCCUUUGGACCCGACUUCAAGAAGAACUUCCUGUCUGAGCCGUUUGACAGCAUCCACAUCUACCCUCUGAUGUGUAAAGUGCUGCAGAUCCAACCGGCGCCACACAACGGGUCUGUGACUGUGACAGAGAAGAUGCUGCUGCACAGCGGUGGAUCUCGGAGAGCUCGACUGUCUGCGGCUCUGCUGCUGUCGACGCUGCUCCUCAUCUUCACGGUGCUCUAACAGAUCCAGGAUCAGCUUCCAUUACUUCAUCUGAAGGUUUAAACCUCGUCAACAUCACCGUUCUCCAUCUUCAUCACAUCUUGUCUCAGUGAACUAUUACUGUCUGUGUAAUAUUUAACUAACUUAUGAUCGUAUGGCUUUUUAUUUUAUUUUGCAACAUGUGAUUGACAUGUUUGUACUUAUGAAGCAGAUGCGUGAUGAUCGUCAGCUGUUGGUGUCGGCUUUGUGCAGAUUUAUAGAUAAAUUCUAAGACUGACGGUGUUUAAGUAAAAGAUGUGAAGACUUGUUCCACCACUGAAAACAGUUUGGACACACUGACACAGAGCUUUUAUCACAUGACUACAAUGAUGAUGUCCGAAGCUUCCAGCGCCACCGUUGUUCCAGGAAGCAUUUUGUUGGAUUUAUGUAGAAUUACAUAGAAUAUUUAUGUAAACAUGAUGAGUGAAGCCAAUUAAAAAUAUUAUUCUGUCCUGUUU